AUUGCGUUGUUAUACUAAUCUGGCUACUAGAGUAUACCCUAUACUCGCCAUGGCCGACACCAUCGAAAACUCCAAACACCUCUCCGAUGCCUCUCCCCCCCUCGUCGACGAGAAAUAUGGCACGAUCCGUGCUCUGGUCGCCGCCGACCUGCUCGAUGAGCGCUACCAGCCGACCCAGCGUGGCCUCAGCAACCGCCAUGUGCAGAUGAUGGCUCUGGGAGGAACGAUUGGCACCGGUUUGUUUGUCGGUUCGGGCGCCGCGCUGGCCGUCGGCGGGCCGGCCAGCUUGUUGAUGGGAUAUAUCUUCAUUUCGGUGCUUGUAUACUCGUUGGUGACCGCCAUCGCCGAGGUGGGGGCCUACAUGCCCGUCCACGGCGGCACCAUGAGCUACCACGGUUACCGCUACGUCUCGCGCAGCCUGGGCUUCGCCAUGGGAUACCUCUACUGGUACUCGCUCGGCAUCUUGGUUCCCUACGAGAUCACCGCCGCCUCGCUGGUCAUCGAUUACUGGAACCCCAAUGUCAACAUCGCCGUCUGGAUCACCAUCAUGCUCGUCGUCAUCGUCGCCCUCAACUUCUUCCCCGUCAAGGUGUACGGCGAGUCCGAGUUCUGGUUCGCAGGGUUGAAGAUCAUCACCCUCCUCGGCCUGCUGAUGUUGUCCUUCAUCCUCUUCUGGGGCGGUGGGCCCAACCGUGAGCGCCUGGGCUUCCAUUACUGGAAGGACCCGGGGGCGAUGAACACGUAUCUGGUCUCGGGCGACGCCGGCCGCUUCGUCGGCUUGCUCAAGUCGGUCGUCUCCAGCGCCAUCGCCUUCAUCUUCGCCCCGGAGCUGAUCAUCAUCAGCGGCGGCGAGAUGGAGUCCCCCCGCCGCAAUGUCCCCCGCGCCGCUCGCCGGUACAUCUACCGUCUCGUCUUCUUCUACAUCUUCGCCGUGCUGGCCAUUGGCGUCAUCUGCCCGUCCAACGAUCCCAUCCUUACCUCCGGCCACGAAGAUGCCCGCGCCUCCCCCUUUGUCGUCGGCAUCAAAAAUGCCGGCAUCCCCGUGCUGGACAGCAUCGUCAACGCCGCCGUGCUCACCUCGGCCUGGUCGGCAGGCAACUCCUUCCUGUACAUGUCCUCGCGCUCCCUGUACGGGCUGGCCAUGUCCGGCAACGCACCCUCGGUCUUCAAGACCUGUAACCGCUGGGGAGUCCCCUACCUGGCCGUCGCCGCCUCGGCCGUCUUCUCGCUGCUUGCCUACCUGUCUGUGGGCAACUCCUCGUCCACCGUCUUCUCCUGGCUAGUCAACUUCACCAACACCUCGGGCUUCAUCUCGUGGAUGUGCUGCUGCAUCGUCUACUGGCGCUUCCGCACCGCCGCGCGCACCCAGGGCAUCGAGCUGCCCUAUCGCUCGCGCAUCCAACCCUUUGGGUCCUGGUUCGGCUUCGGCGGCGCGCUGACCCUGUGCCUCAUCAACGGCUUCACCGUCUUCUUCCCCUCCCAGUGGUCCGUCUCCAGCUUCUUCACCGCCUACAUCGGCAUCCCGGCGUUUCUGAUCCUGUACGCCGUGCACCGCAUCAUCUACUGGUCCGACCCGUGGGCCUGGCGACCCGAGGACGUCGAUCUGCAGACGGGAUUGCAGGAGAUCGAGGCGGCCGAGCGGCCUCCGCCUGUGCGCGACACCUGGUGGAAGAAAAUGAUGGUGGUUAUCGAUUAGAGCAUACUAGUUCACGCCCUAUUCUAGUUCAAUUGACCCUUUUAUGAACAUUCCAUAUCCAUAGAAAUUAUUUACAAUCAAACCCCUUAUUUAAUGCUGUCUUCUCAUAUCCUCAGCUGUGUCGGCUAUUUUUCCUUAUAUUGACUGCUGUCGAGGUCACAUCAGGACUAGUCCGUAGUCACGUUCAGCGCUUUCCUCCUCCCUUUUCUUCAGCUUCAACUUCACCUCUUCUCUUCUCUUCUCUCUUCUUUUCUCUCUUCAACCCAUCUCUCCAUCUCUCCAUCUCUCCAUCUUU